UCGUCACACUCCCCUAUUUCUGUCACUAACUAGUAAGGACGGUACUAUACUAGAUACAUCGGCUGCGUCGUAUUGUUUUCAACUUUUUAAAUUGCUCUUAAAGAUGAAUCAUCUCAGCAAAAGGAAUAUUUGGGGGUGGUUGAAUACCGUUUUUAACAGGUUUGAUCCAAGUCGGGUCAAAGAUGUUGGUCCAGAUAGGGCGUGUGCUGAGUGGCUGCUCAGGUGCGGUGCUGGGCUCAAAUGGAAGAAUUCAAAGACUUUACUGACGGAUUACAACUCGCUACCAAUCACUGGAGGCCAAAAAAUUGUCGAAAUUAACGCAACUGACGCGGCAAUUAUGGAUUGCGGCUUUCCUCAUUUCAAGGGGCUUACCGACGUGGAGAAAAUUGUUUUCCACAAGUGUGGAUAUCUGACGGACAGUGCAAUUCUGUACCUGCCAAUUUUGAAAGCCUCACUGAAGCACUUGCAGAUUUCCAGUUGCGGAAACAUCACUGUAGAAGGAUUGCAACCAAUCAAGCAAUUAAGCAAAUUGCAAAGCCUAUUACUGUAUGACCUCCCUGAAAUUAACAACAAAGAUGAGGUUGCACAAGAUUUGCAAUCAGCACUGCCGCAAUGCAAAGUCAGUUUUCCUUACGCGCUAGCAAAGGAGCUGAUAGAGGAGAGUGAGAAAGACAAGCAGCAACCGUAAUAGAGUAUACUGUAUAGGCUGUUUAGUGAUAAAAUAUUGUUUUGCAAGACUGAUCAAAUGAGUCCUCUAUUUUAAAUUGUAUCCAACACAAUAUAUGUUAAUUACAUGAAAUUAAAAAUGUGAUCCAAAUGUUUAUUGAAAUCAUUAACAAAUUUAAUAAAAGUUAAAAAAUGGCAAAUUA